CCCAUUCUCUCUCUCUCUCUCUCUCUCGGUUGAACUCUCCGCAUUUAUUUGAAAUAUUUCCUUUUUGCCCCUUGCGAAGCAUUCUUAUUGAUUUCCUUAUUUGAUAUUUCAUUGAUUAUUGGGUUACGGUUCUUGUUCUCCCUUACUGUCGUCUUCUUGCUGCUCACGUUUCUCUCUCUCUCUCUCUCUCUCUCUCUCUCUCUCUCUCUCUCUCUCUCUCUCUCAUGGUAUAGAAGAAAUCUGCAAAUCUAAUAUUGGGCAGACCUCUUUUAUUGUGAUUAUUCUUGUUUCUAUGAAAAUUUUCUGAAUGGACAUACCGGACACUCUCAGAGGUCUCUAUGUGGUUUUUGCAUUCCUUUCUGCUCUGUUUCUGGGCGCUCUCAAAGGUUUGGUGGUGGGCCCUUUCGCUGCUCUAAUACUGAUUACGGGGAACAUAGGGGUGAUUCUGGGGCUCCUUCCGGCGCAUGUUGUCUGGACAAUCUACACCCUUGUUAAGACUAAUAGGUUUGAUGCGCCACUUAAAGUUGCUUUGCUAUUUGCUUUGCCUGCUUUAUUUGGUAUUUGGUUGGGUCUGAGCAUAGCUGGGAGUGUUCUUGUGGGUGUGGGGUAUGGGUUCUUCACUCCCUGGGUUUCAACUUUCGAGGCCUUCAGACAAGAAAAUGAAUUUAAGAAAUUCUUGCAUUGCAUUGUGGAUGGAACACGGGGAACUAUUAAAGGAAGUUGCACGGUAGUUCGAGAUUUCGCAGAUAUUUGCUUCCAUUCGUACCCAGCCUAUUUAAAGGAGUUGCGCCAAUCCCCUGCUUCCGAUGAGCUUCAAACUCUUAGGUUGAUACAUGUGCCUGGAUGCAUUGCUGUGGGGCUUAUAGGGCUGAUUGUGGAGGUACCUCUCUACACAGCCAUUGCCAUAGUAAAGAGUCCAUUCUUGCUCUUCAAGGGUUGGCAGCGACUGACACAUGAUCUUAUUAGUCGAGAGGGCCCAUUUCUUGAAACUGCUUGUAUCCCAGUUGCCGGUUUGACAAUCCUUUUGUGGCCACUGGUUGUAAUAGGGAGCAUCUUAAUGGCUAUUUUCUCAAGCUUCUUUGUAGGAUUAUAUGGAUCCAUAGUAGUAUAUCAGGAAAGGUCUUUCCGAAGAGGUAUUGCUUAUGUGAUUGCAAUGGUUGCAGAAUUUGAUGAGUACACAAAUGACUGGCUCUAUCUUCGCGAGGGGUCUAUCCUCCCUAAGCCCCGAUAUAGAAAGAGGAAAGUUAAGAACUCAUCUGAGAUUUCUGUGGGAGGAAAUUAUGCAGCUGGUGGCAAAUUCAGUUCUGUUCCUACUGAAGCACCUUCAAUGCUUGUGCCAACAUUAGUUCCUUCAAGAUCAGUGAGGGAAGCAAUACAGGAAGUGAAAGUAGUGCAGGUAUGGGGAAACAUGAUGAGGUCCUGUGAGAUAAGGGCCAAGGAGCUAUUGGAUGCUAAUGUAAUAACACCAGCCGACCUCCAUGAAUGGCUGAAGGCCAAGAAUGGCAAUGAGGGGGCCAUAGUUGGUGUUGGUUUGCCCUGUUAUUCAUUCCUGCAGAGUCUUCUCCACUCCAUUAAAGCUGGAUCGGGUGGCAUACUGCUGUUCGAUGACUUUGAAAUUACACAUAUGAAUAGACCCCAGGACAGAUUGUUAGAUUGGUUCUUCCAACCCAUAAUGGUGUUGAAGGAACAGAUUAAGGUCUUGAAAUUGACUGAGGGUGAAGUUAGACACCUGGAAAAACUAGUUCUCCUUGGAAGCAAUACGCAGCGCAUGGAGGCUUGGGAAAAUGGAAGCUUUGCACCUCAAGACGCUGUCCGAGCUGCUCAAAUCCAAGGCAUCAGCAGAAGGAUGAUGGGGAUGACUCGAAGCAUGACGAAAUUUCCCACGUACAGAAGGAGAUAUCGCCAGAUUGUGAAGGCUUUAAUUUCACAUUACACAGAGAAGGAGGUCUCCACCACCAGGUCCAGUUCCAUCAGAUCAGUUGCCUCCAUAGACAUUGUUUAGGUAGGAAUUUCCCCCAGCCCCUACCCCCACAACGCCACCACCCUGCUGUAAAUAUAUUUUGAGUAGGAUAAACUUCAAUCUGAGUGUUGUCCGUGUGCUCUUAAAUACUGGUAGUUGGCUACGUUGCGAAACCCUUUCUGGUUUUAAGCCCCUAGCCUCGUUUCGAGGCCAGAAGAACUAAAUGAAGAACAUGUGAGAAUAGCAGAAAGUUUUCAUUCGAUUAAAUACAUCUGUAGUUGUGUA